AUGUUAGAUUUUCUUCUUGUUAAGGACCUAGGUUUGAUCCCCUUUUGUAAACAAAUGGACCUUCCUCCAGACAAAAUGCGAACUCUGAGAAAUUGCGAUCUUAAGAAGAAAUGGGAUUUAGUCUGUGACCAGAGAAAAUUUUCUGUCGAUCAUUCUGUGCCAGAUCCGAGUAUUUAUUUGGAAAAAUUGAAAAUCUAUAUGGAUAGGAAGACUUUGAAAAAGAAGAAAAAAUAUCUCUCUGGCGAGUCUUCAACAACGCUCCUAAAACAUAUUGAGAUCUCACUCAGAACAAACACAAUUGACUGGGUGAUGGUCUUCGUGUUUUGGUUGACUACAUUUCUUUUUUGCAAGAUUCUCUUUUUGCUAAAUUCUUCUGAAGAAAAUGGAAUUGUUCCUUCUUCAUCAAAUCCAGACCUUUCCUUUUCUCAAACAGCAGUUAAUAUUCAAUUUAUCAAUUCUUCAACUAAUGUAUCUUCUGGAGGAGGACAACAACAGCAAGGAGGAGGGGGAGGGACUCAUAAUCAGUUUGGUACAAGCGGAGGUUCUUCUACUUGUUCUUUACAAACAAAUUUAAAUAAUAAUACUAAUACAACAAUGAAUUCUUCGAUUUAUUCAAAUAAUAAAGAUGAUUUGUCUUUUACUUCUGGAAAAUUAAAAAAUUCACACAAUUCUCGUAAACUUUAUUCAUCAAGUAAAGGUAUUGACCAUAUUGAUGAUGAUAUACAUGUUGGAAUUUGUUGUUUACGUGCUUUGUUGAAUAAUAAAUUUGGAGUUGUUGCUGUAUUUUCAAAUCGUCAGGCAAUUUAUUGUAUUGUUCGAGCUAUUUUACAUCCGUCUUUCAAAACAAAAGCUUUGGUGCUAGAUAUGUUGUCUGCGAUUGUCACUUUAACAGAUGGACAUGAACUUGUACUUGGUGCUUUUAAUAAAUUUAGAAGUGCUUACAAUGAGAUUUUUCGCUUCCAAACAUUAGUUCGGUGCUUUAAAUGUCCUGGUGUAAAUGUUGAUUUUCUUGCAUCCUGCAUUAAGUUUAUUAAUGUAAUGGUCCAUUCAAGUAGUGAUAUGAAUCAACGAGUAGCUUUACAAUAUGAAUUUACUAUUUUUGGGUUGGAUAGACAUCUCGAGCAACUUUCCUCAGAAUAUUCCGAAUCAGAAUUUCUUUUAAAUCACAUAAAUCUUUAUUGGAAUAAUUGCAUUGAUGUUGAUUUAUUACAUGAUAAGUCAAUUAAAUGUGAUGAACUUGAAGGUGAUAUUCAGGCACUACAGGCAAACAAUUCUCGUCAAAAAGAAGAAUUUCAACAACUACAGGCUGAUUGUUAUGUCCAAAUAGCCCAAUUAAAUGCUCAACUUAAAAAAUUGGUAGAGGAUAAAUUGGAAUUGGAAAGACAGAAAGUUAAUCGAGAUAUGCAUAUUUCUACACUUACAAAAGAUUGGCGUGAAAAGGAAACAAAAUUUGAAAAUGAAAAGGGAGAAUUGGAGAGAAGAAUUACAAUGUUGGAACAGACAAAGAGGGAAAUACAACAAAGCCUAAAGAUAUCACAGCAGGCAGCAGCACAACAAGCAGCUUCUGUUGCUACAGUUACUGCAGUUGUAACACAGUCUUCACCUGCUGCACUUGCUUCAACUAAUGAUAAUAUUGCUACUUCAACUAAUAAUGUUUCUGGCGCUUUAUCAAAACAGACACUUGGUGGCGAACAAGCUAAAAAAGCAGCAUUAACAACAUCUCUGCCGGUUCCAACACCCCCUCCUCCCCCACCUCCUGCACCUCCACCCCCUCCAACAAAUCUUCUACUCAAGAAAGAAACUUCAUCAAUAAAACCAUCAAAUGGAGGACCACCACCACCUCCUCCACCACCCCCACCUCCAUCACUUAAAUUACCACCAAAAAUAAUAGCUCCGCCUCCUCCCGGACUUUUAUCUAAAGCAAAUCAACAAAAUUUAGCUUUGGCUAAUGAUGGACCUCAAAAACGUGUUGUGACUAUUAAGAGCAAAUUACCAAUGCUUAAUUGGUCUGCUUUAAACCCAAAUCAAGUGAAGGGAACUAUUUUUAAUGAACUUGAUGAUGAAAAACUUGUUGAUGUUUUGGACCUCUCUAGUUUGGAAGAACUCUUUUGCGUUGAUGGCCCACCCUCUGGCAACAAGAUAACAGAAAAACAAUCGAAGGAAGACUUGGUUUCUGGCGGGCAAUUAUCCCCUCCAAGUUCGGCAUCUAGUAGUAUAGGUGUUGGUGUAUUGAAUGGAGGGAAUACAAAAACUUUGUUGGGCACUAAAAGACUUCAAAAUAUUGCUAUUAUACGUCGAAAGCUUGGCAAGUCAAUAAUGGAAAUUAUGUCGGGUGUUCAUCGUUUUGAUUUGUCUGUUCUAAGUCCGGAUCAAGUUGAAAUUUUGUUACCUAUAGUACCCACGCAAGAUGAAUGUACAAAAUUAAAAGAAUAUGCUUCUUCAAAUCAAAAUUCUUCAAAUUUAAAUAAUCCUUGGGAAUUAUUGACUGCUGAAGAUCAAUUUUUGGCUCAAUUAAUGGGAAUUGAAAGAUUAUCUCAAAAACUUUUGAUUAUGAAAUUUAUGGGAGAUUUUAAUGAUAGCGUUCGUCUACUCAUUCCUCAAAUCCAAAAGGUUACAGCAGCAGCUAAAUCUGUACAUAAUUCAAAAAAAUUUCCAAAAAUUAUUGAAAUUAUUUUGGCUAUUGGAAAUGCAAUGAAUGGACAGAGAAGAGCGCCUGUUUAUGGUUUUAGGCUUUCUAGUUUGGAUGCUUUGAGUAUCCUUAAAAGUCCAAAAGAUCGAAAUGUUACAUUAUUGCAUUGUAUUGUUGAAUUAAAAUUAGUCAAUUCUACAUACCUUCAUAAAAAUUCCUCAAGCCUUUAUUAA